GCUGUUUUUAUGUAAAAAGUCAGCGUUUCCAUCUUUCCAUCUCUCUCCCUAUCUCCAAUCCCAACCUUUCCCUUCUCUUGUCUCUCUCUAUCUCCAUUCCUCCAGCAUCAAAAUUCUUCCUGUUUGUCUGAUAUAGUGAAAGAACAAAUUAACAAACAUCAGCUCCAAACUCCAAGUUGGUGAUUCAAUCCGGGCAAACACAAAAAAAAAAAGAAAAAAAGAAAAACCCAUCUCUAUAUGUUCAUUCCAUUAGCCUAAUCUACAACCAGAAUCUCAAAAAAAAAGUCACAUGUUUUGUGUAACAAAUCCCCUCUGAAAGAAUACAAGAAAAAUAUAAGAAGAAGAAGAAGACGGCUUCACCGGGUAUCAUGUGUAGCCGUUUGUUGCAGAAGAUGGAGAAUUUUCAAGGUGAUCUAACCGACAUGCUUCUAGCAAGAAGUACUCAUACUACAAAUUUUGCUCCUCCAGCAGCUGAAGACGAACUCGUUUCCUCCGCAGCCGGCGGCUCCGGCGCGGUUGAGUGGCAGUUUUCCGGCAACAAUAAUAAUAAUCAUAAUUCCAAAGGCGGGUUCUUACAGAUGGUUGAUGAUUUCGGGGAUCCUUUCUCUAACAUGCGAGAUCCACUCUUCUUAAAUAUCCCGAGUUCGGAUUUUUUCGCUGGCUCUACCACUGCUGUUACUGCUACUACUGCUACAACUUCGCCAUCAUCGGAGACCAUCAUGACAAGUCAGCAGCAGCCUUGCAACAACAACAACAAGAAUAAUAACAACAAUAUUUUCCCGACGACGACGAAGAAUAUGAUUCAGAUCUCUAUGGAUAGUGUUAAGCUGCCGGUUUCGCCACGGCCGGUUAUUGGUUCACCUUUAGUAGGUUCUACUACUACUAAUGAUCAUCACUUGAUAAGUUGCAGCAAUAAUAAUAGUGGGAUGAAUCAUUCCAAAGGUUCCAUGGUGGAAAAUGGAGGAGCUCAGCAGCAGAUCUCGUCUCCGCGAAAUACGGGUUUAAAGAGAAGGAAAACUCAAGCUAAGAAGGUCGUUUGUAUACCGGCGCCAUCACCGGCAAACAGCCGGCCUAGCAGCGGUGAAAUGGUACCAUCGGAUCUUUGGGCAUGGAGAAAGUACGGACAGAAACCUAUUAAAGGCUCUCCUUAUCCAAGGGGCUACUACAGAUGCAGCAGUUCAAAAGGUUGUUCAGCAAGAAAGCAAGUGGAAAGAAGCCGAACCGAUCCAAACAUGUUGGUGAUAACCUACACUUCCGAGCACAAUCAUCCAUGGCCGACUCAACGAAACGCCCUAGCCGGUUCAACCCGAAACCAGCCGACGACAACCACCGCCAAAACCACCACCACCACCACCGGUUCAACUUCAAAACCGUCGAACCAAUCUCAGAAAACCACCGCAAAUGCCAAGGAAGAAUUUCAAAAAGAGAGCGCACUCGAUCAUAAUCAGUCUUCCGCUCCAAAUUCCAGCAAGCGCCCCGCAGUUGUGAAAGAAGAAAUAGAUUAUACUCAUAAUCAUCAUCAUGAUAGUAAUAAGCGUAUAAAAGUGGAUCAUCAUCAACAACAAUAUCAAGAUCAGGAGGUUCAGUUCGACGAAGGGUUCCAACAGACAUACCGGCCUUCAUUACCGGAUCAUCAACUGAAUCAUCAUAAUCAUUCAGAAGAUUUCUUCGCCGACUUAGGUGAACUAGAAGCUGACGGCCCUCUCAAUCUCUUGUUCACCCAAGGUUAUUCCGGCGACGAAGAACCCGAAAAUAAAAGCUUGGAUCCAUUCAGCUUUUACGACUGGGUUAACAGUAACACUGCCACGACCACCACCGCGACCACUACCGCGACCGUAACAGCUUCGGUUGAAGAAGUUAAUAAAGGUUUAUUAUAGCACACAGGAAAGUAUUGGGAGUGGCAACCAGAAAUCUUAUACUUACUAAAAGAUCAGUGUUUUUUUUUUUUCAUGUGGGCUUUUUUUCUUUCUUUUUCAUAAAAAAAUAUUUGCUGAUUUUUACUGUAAUUGCUAGUAUAGUGGAAAACAAGAAUGCUGGGUACAGUACCUUUGAAUGUAGUUAAAAUUUGGCAGUAACAACAGACAGUCAGAAGUUUUAGGAAAAAGAGAAAGAAAGAAAGAGUAAAAGUGCAGAUAAUGAAUUAAUAUUUUUCUUAAGGAAAAAAAUUGUUUGGAUUGGGAGCAGUUGCCGGGAGUCCAUUCCUUGUGGAAUAUAUUUUGUGCAUGGUGGAUGGGACAGAAAGCACAGGAACAGAAGCUUCAACAGUGAAAACAAGUACAUCUAAUCCGACAUGACAGGAAAACUCAGUAAGAUUGAAGAGAUUGAUGUUGUUUGAAAUUGAAUGGGACAGAGACUCUUUUACGAGUGGGGGAUAAAAAUAUUUGUAACUCUAGCCCACCUUCCUUUGUUUAAAAAUACCUGCACCUCAUAAUGUACCUAGGACCAAAUUCUUUAUUUAGAUUGUUAUAUUUUCUUUUAUUUUAUUUUUUGUUUUUUGUUUUGGGUACAAAUAGAGAUGCGAGCCAAGUUACAGUUUAGUGGAUUAGUACUAGAUUACUUAGAGUCGUAAUUAAAGUAACAAUCACUAUGACGGAAUAAUAAUCUG